GAUUAUUUUGUUGCAUUUCUUUUGUUUUCACUGCAAAAAGAAAAAAUAAUAUAACAAUUAAUGCGUAUAUAUGCAAACAAAAAUGAAAACACAAUAACUGAGUCAUUAGAUUCCGAAUUAUACAAUUGAACUAAAUUGAAACUACACCGAAACCCGACAAGGAAACCGGCUGCAGGAAUACCGACAGGGUGUUAGAAACAGAAUGGUCAGCUUGAAUCCCAACAGAUCCAAUAUGAAUACCAGUGCACAAUACAUGGAUGAUGUGUUGGGCGAAUCCUCUACUGUCUCCAAUAGUAUGGGCAGCGACGUCGAACCCAUAUUGUCUUCGGGAGGAAAUGGCAAUUUCAAAAAAUUAAAUACGGCAGCCGCUUACAGUGUCCACUUGUUUAUAUCUGUAAUAAUUUCAUUUGUGGGUAUAUUGUUGGCUGCAUUAUGGCCAGAAGAAAAACGAGGUGAAGCAUAUUUCAUAAUGACCUGUUUACGAGUGGCAUUUUGGCUCAUAACAUUUUUGUUUGAUCAUUUGAUACGAAGAAGACACAAUGAACUAAGAAUGAACGGAUAUCACGAUUUCCAUCGCAGUAUAAUCAUGCAUAAUGGUGUUUCUUUAAACAUUGUAUCGGCCUGGAAUACGGUGUUGUUGAUGGUGCAGGCACUAUUACACCAUUAUUAUGGAACACAACUAUGGGACAGUUGGUUUACACCUAUAACGUGUAUAGCAAUGUUUCAAAUAUCCGAAACACUAGUACUGGUAACGACACACAGCACUUAUAUUGUUAAAGUUUAUAAAUUUAAUAAAAACUCGAGUUGCCCAGAUGCUUUGGCAGGCACAAAUAUUGUUGCUGGUUCGUUGGGUCUUAUGCAACCAGGCGGCAAUGUAGCCGAACUUUUAGAAAAACAGGCGGAUCUUAUUUCUUACCUUAAGGAUCACAAUAAAACGUUGAAUCAGAAAUUGCAUCACAUGCAGUUAUUAACUGCACGUGCUACACAUUGAAUAUAGUAAAACACCAGACGAAUAAAAUACGAACUAAAUUAUAGUUUUAUUUUUGUUACCACAUUUAUUAACCAUAUUGAUUAUAAUUAAUGUAUUUUUUUAAUUAAUGAUUUAUUUCAUUAUUAUUAUUAUCAUUAUUAUUAUUAUUAUUAUUAUUAUUACUUUUAAUGAUGCAACAUUUUGUAUGUACGGUAUGGAUAAUGGUAUACUAAAUGUUAUUCCAAUUAAAAAUAAAAAAAGAAAAUAUAACUAAAUUUAUCUUUUUAUAAAUUCAUAUUUGUAUAUAUGUAUUAUAUAUAUGUAUGUAUGUAUAUUGAAGCAAUAGAGCAUUAAAUAUUAAUAAAAUAUUAAAAUAAAAUUAAUUAAAUAUUAAA